AUGAGUAGUCUGACUGCUCAGCAAACAUCGAACGAUGGCAGUGCUAAGGCAUUCAUUAUUACUCAGGCGGCAUCUAGAUUUGAAAAUAUUGCACUUCAAUACUUGAAAUUGCAAGAACCAGAUACUUCUGAAGAAACCAUUCAGAGUAACGAAAUUAAGAACAAAUUGUCUUCAUACAAAGAACUUAUUCAAGCAGCUAAUAACGAAAUGGAACAUAAAAUGCAUUUACUCGAAAUUCAAAAAAGAUUCGAAAUACAGCGCGCAGAUGAAGAAUUUGAAGAAUUUCUCGAUUAUAUUGAUCAGAGUAAUUAA